AUGCCGAGCAUGGAUUGUUUGAAAGAACACUUUGUCGAGGGACAGCUCCUGGAUGGGCGUUUCCGGACGGUGGCUCCUUUGAACCAUGGCUCUUUCGGCAUGGUCUUCCUUGCUAAAGACACCAAGACCAACAAAGACGUUGCUAUCAAGUGCCUGACAAAGGCCUCGUCUUCCAACGAUACGAUGGGCUUUCUGCCCGUAGAUGAUCGUUUCGAAGAGCUUGAUUGCCACCGCCGCCUUGGCUACCACAAGAACAUCGUCAACCUCAUCCAUUCCUUUGAGACCAGCUCCCAUAUCUACCUGGUCUUGGAGUAUUGCGCCAAUGGUGACCUCUACGAAGCUAUCCGACUCAAUCGCGGUCCAUUGGAAACCGAGCACGUUCGCGACUUCAUGCUACAACUCAUCAGUGCCGUCGAGUUCAUUCACUCCAAUGGUCUCUACCAUCGUGACAUCAAACCGGAAAACAUCUUCUUGACGCAGGAUGGGACCAUGAAGCUUGGCGACUUUGGUCUUGCGACGGGUGACAGCUGGUGCCACGAAGCCUGUGUCGGCAGCGACCGUUACAUGGCUCCUGAACAAUACGACCCAGCCGCAACGGGCUACUCCCCCGCCAAGGCGGACAUUUGGGCUGUCGGCAUCUGCUUGCUCAACAUUCUCUUUGCUCGAAACCCCUUCGUGGCACCCUCCGAGUCUGACAUCCUGUUUACAGACUAUGCUCGUGAUCGCCAAUCUCUCUUCGAUGUCUUCCCUAACAUGUCGCAAGAUACCUUUGAGAUCUUGACUCAUGCCCUGGCGUUAGACCCGGAGAAGCGCUCGCUUUCAGCCGUCCGCGACGCCAUUGUGCGCACCAUCUCCUUCACCACCGACGAUGAAGAACUCGACGAAUUCUGCACCGAAGAUCGGGAAGUCGUGCCCGCAACUGCCAACCGUGAGCCGCUUCGAACCCCGUCUAUCCAGAGCCCCUUUAUCUCUCAAGGCGAUUCGUUUCCCUGGGCCAAGGCCCUGCAAUCCAGCCCGCCCCAAGACUUCCGCCAACUGUCAGUUAUUCCAGACGAGGACUAUUCCGAAGAUCUCUUCCCACCCUCCGAGACGGCUGGUACCUCCUGGUUUUCCGUUCACAACGAGACCCCCUCCAUGGCCUCGGUUCUCGACUCGGCGAUGGGUGACUCCUAUCGGCCCGUCCUUGCUCCCCCUCCGAAGCGCAAUUACGCCUAUCCUCCGCUCUCCGAUCCUGUGCAGAUCACGGGGUCUCUCCCCAGCCAUGCUAUGAAGCCGCUCCCAUCGCUCUCCAUGGUCUUUGGCAAGAACAAGCAAGAUCAAAUUUCGAAGAGCUGGAGUGACCUGUGGGAUGAAGAGGAGGAGUCCGAGAACGAGGACCUGGUCCUGCAGCAACGUCGUGAGCAGAAUUCCCGCAGCUGGAGUCAGGAGAGCCGUGGUAGCCCGGUUGAUUCCCCUACUACUGCUUCUGCCCCCCGCGAGAUCGCGCCUUCUCCCCUGGCCAGCGUUCGCCCCAACAAAGUCGAUCUGUCUUCCUCCAUCAAACUGGAAGACCUGGAUCUUGGGUCCCCCUCCUCGAAGCACUCGCCCCAACCGAUUCAUCAUUCGGCACCGAACAAGAGUCUUGACAAGUGGGCAGCCCUGGGUGAUAAGCGGCGCAACUACAAACCGACACCCGAGAGUGUCUUCGGUUCGAAGAAGCACGCAACUCACAUGAACCGGAGGAAGGACUGGGGUUUGGGGUCGUCUGGUUUUGACUAUGGAUCUUGGGCUCGCAAGGAAAACACGUCUCCCGUCCAGGAUCGCCGCAGACGCCCAUUCAUGGAGCGCGAUUGGCGCCGUGACCACGCGGAUACGACCCUCAAGUCGACUAAACCGUCUGUUGGAUACGAUGGCAGUCAUGACGAUGAUCUCGACCUGGUUGGAGGCUGGCAUGAUCUUCCUCUGUAG